UCAUGCGUCUCUCUCUUGUCUUGGUCUCCUUGUUUAUCUCUCUAGAAAUUCCGGGACUGGUUUUGCUCGGCCCUUGUUAACAGGGUUUUCCUGUUAAAGUUGGUUUCAUUGUAGAGAAUACCCAAAUGUAAUAGGGUUUUGUUGUUAAAGAUAUUAUAGGAAAUGUUAACACCCAAAUUUAACGAGGUCAAGUUGAACAUUCAUAGGGUUGUUGUCUAGUUUCUUAACAGGGUCAAGUUGGUUGAUUCUGCUCAUUUGAUUGGAGAAUCAUUCAUAGGUUUGUGGUCUAGUUUCUUAUUUGUUUCAUCAAAUUUUCCGCAUUUUUGGUCCUUUUUCCAAGACUGGCGUGGUCGUGUAGGCCGUUCUAUCAACAGUUCUCCCUCCUUUUCCAACGUUGAAUUAUUGUGGUUUCUAACAAACUCUACAGAAGCACAACAUGGAUGUGGACAAAGAACCAACCAUGGAAGAAACUAUCUUAGUUGGUGAGGAUCUCAUGUUGGGACCGCCCUCUCCUCUUAUACCACCAGAGAUUGCUUCUCAUGUACUUGAAGGUGUUGAUUUAUGCGAUGGGAUCCUAAGGAAUCUUUUCUUAUGUCUGCAAGUUAAUGACAUCGAACCUUUUUGUCAAGACGAGAUUGUGUUAUAUCGACAAUGUGCUGAAAAGAGGGAUAAGGAGCUGAGACAAAAGCUUCAAGAAAGUGAAAGGAAAUUGGGACUCUCAAUGCCUUGGGAUGAAGGAAAGGACAGAGCUGCUCAACUUCAUUCUCAAGUUGAAUUGUUGGAGAGGCGUAUGAUUCUUGCAAGUGGAGUAGCGGGAAUGGAAGGAUUUCGUCAGCGAUGGAGUUUGCAUGGACAGCUUCAAGAUACAAAGAGCAGAUUGGAAUCGCUGGAACAAGGAUUGGAAAUGAGAAAGAAGGAAGAGCCUGAAAAUUCAAGCACUAAAAAGAGGUGGUUCUUCGGUUAGAUAUAUUCCUGAAAUAUGAUGAAUUUUAUGAUGUAGUAUCAUUUCACACGGAUCAUUCGGACCAUUAUUGUGUUCUAUGAAAACCUCUGGAACUCAACAUUGAAGAAAGAAAACAUAUAUAUUCGUCAGAAAAAAAAAAAAAAAAAAAAACAAAAAAAAAAAAAAAAAAAAGAAGAAAGAAAGAAAGAAGAAGAAGAAUAAUGAUUUAUUUAUCAUUUGAGAGAAUGAUUAAUUUUUAAUUUCAGUACAUGGUCUUUCUUACGUUUGUGGAUAGUGGUUAUCAUGACUCCAUUUAAAUUUUUUUUUGUGUACAAGCACCACUGGUUGCCAUGGGAAUUCCUUCCUUGAUUUUAUCUCAC